AUGCCCUCGACGAAGACACCAAGCCCCAGCCCGAAGCCCGGCAAUCGCCCACGAUGGAUGCUGCACGUCCAAGCGCAGUUCUGGCGCGUCCUCAUGGGCAUCGGAAUGAUGCUCCAUCGACUCGCACGGCCACGGCCACGACGCCCUGCCUUUAAUAAAGAUAUCGAUGCGACCGUCUCGCCGCUGAAGGGGAAGUUUAGAUUGAACUUCUACGUCCCCAAGGAUUACAAGCGGCACAAGAAGCUCAAGGGUGUUAAGAGGUACCCUGUUGUCAUCAACUUCCAUGGCGGUGGUUUCGUCUUGGGCACGGCACACGACGAUGCCCGCUGGUGCAAUAUCGUGGUCGAGGAGGUCGGAGCUGUCGUCGUCAGCGUCGACUAUCGGCUUGCACCCGAGUAUCCGUUUCCUACAGCAGUCGAGGAUGGUGCAGAUGCGAUCCUAUGGCUAGCCCAAAACGCGGAAGAACUUAUGCUGGAUCCCGACCGUUUUGCCGUAUCAGGCUUCUCGUCAGGAGGGAACAUGAGUUUUACAGUCCCGCUGUGUCUCCAAGGCGAAUUGUUCGAGCGAACACCAUCUGGAGCGUACAUUCUCGACGACCGAGCAGGCAGCAUCCCGGCCGCAGUCAUUCAGCCUCCUGCCGCCACGUAUGGAGCGCAUCUCACUCCAAAUGGCUCACGCGUUCCUCUUGUGCGCCAGAAAUCCCGCCUCGACAGGAUUGCUAUGCUUCGGCAAACAGGCGCAUCGUCCCUCUCGCUCAUCUCUUCGUACAAGGACGGCUCAGCGGUAUCUGUCAUGACAGAGGCCUCCAACGCAAUUGUCAAGAUCCGAGGCAUCGUCUCCUUCUACCCACCGACAGACUACACCCAAACCCGUGCCCAGCGCCGCGCCACCUGCGUGCGAGCAGAUCAGCAACUCCCCGCCGUCUUCACAGAACUUUUCGACGACUCAUACCUUCAACCGCCUUCGCUAGACCUUGCGCAUCCCUGGCUAAGCCCUGGCGUGGCACCGAAACGCAUGCUCGAAGCCCUCCCAGACGACAUUGUCCUAUUCUGCUGCGAGUGGGAUAUGCUGCUUGCCGAGGGUGAACGCUUCCGCGACACCCUUUCAAAGGACCUGGGAAAGAGAGUACAUUAUCAUUGUGUCCCUGGGGUACCGCAUGGAUGGGAUAAGGCGCCAAAUCCACUAAGAGAGAGCCCGGGCGCGAGGCAACAGUAUUUGGUUGCGUGUAAGGAGUUGAAGCGCAUGUUUGAGAUUGAAGACGACGACGACGAUGAGGAGCAUGAUUACAGGAAGGAUCUGCCGUGCAGGCAGUAUCAUAAGUCUGUGGAUUUGGGGCAGCAUCCUUUGGCACAACAGCAAACAUAG